GUGAGUUAGUCUAGACGACUGGUCCUGAAUCUCCGAGGUAUAUGCUCAUGUCGACGUCAGAAGAUAGAUCACGAAGGAAGAAUAAGAUUCAUGAACAAUUUUCUGUUCCAACCAUAGUUCGACGAAGCCACAACCCUAUUCCAACCAUGUCUUUGUCUCACCAGAUCCACGAAUGAUUUUCCCUUCUGUCUUCCUCGAUGAUGACGAGCAUAUGGCGGUGUGGUUUAGAUAUCACAGCAGGGACAGGGAAGACAGAACCGUCCAGGAUGAACCGUUGCACGAAACCAUGCCACGUCUUCGCGUUCAUGGAUGGCCUGGCAUGAUAUUUAAGAAUGGCAGGACCGGGAACCUCGAGGACUGCGCUGGCCAAACGCAUGAGAGAUGUUCGAAAUGGACUCGAUGCUGGGAGCGGUCUUCGGGGCUGGUGUUCUUCUGGUGCUGGGUUCAGUCUGGCAGAUGAACAAGCCCAAGUCCUCGACUGCCAAAUACCCUGAUCCCCCAAUCAUCCCCUUUAGUAGAGACGAGAUCUUCCGGAAUCCCCAUGAAUGCUUCGAGUAUGGAUUCCGACAUUAUGGACAUGUGUUUCGGUAUCGUGGUAAUGGACGCAUCCAGUACAUGGUCUCGAAGGAGCUGACCGAACGAGUCUUGACGGAGGAUGCUACGUUCAGCUUUGAAUUGGGUCUUGCCCAGGCCCUCAAACUGAGCAUUGUCUACGCCCUCCACGGCGGCACAUUCUAUUCCGACGUCGAUGCCAUCGUCACCGAAGUCGCAGUCAAACGUUUGAAAACGAUCAUUCCGAAAAUAUCCCCCGUCUUCCAACGCAACGCCGCAGAAUUGAUCCGGAUCCACGGAGAUCAGCCCUUCGAUCCGCUUCCGUAUCUCCAGAAGACAGUCGCCGAGGCUAUUGCCAUCAUCAUAUUUGGAAAUGAGAUCGCCCAGGCUUGCAACCCCGACCUCAUCAUCGAUAUUGCCGAGGGCGUGGCCAAGGCGACGGGCAUGUUCCAGAAUCAGUCGAGCUGGGGGAAGAGGUUUCCGACUCUGUAUUCUAUCUGUAGUUGGGUCGAGCUCAUUCUCUUCCAUCUGAUCUGGCGGUUCGGCAGACACAUAGGUUGGACAGUCUGGACUGCGCUUUCGGAGUUAUCCAAGAGUCCUGAAGGCGGCAAAGGUACAGACGAAGCAGACUCCACCGUCCUCGUGAUUCUUGCUCGCAAACUAGCCACCAGACCCGGCCACCUCUCCAUCUCAUCCAAGCUCUGGGCCGUCGUCCUAUCCCUGGCGUUCAUAUUUGCAUCGGUGCAUCAAACAGUAGUCAUAAUGACCUACGUCGUCUUCGAACUCGCCCGGCACCCCGAAUGCCAGGAGCUCAUCCUCACCGAUCUCUCUCGUUCCACGACACCCAGCCCAGACUCGACAUCUACAUCCCUGCUACUAACCAGCGAGUCCCUCCGCGACGCCACCCACGCCGAGUCCUUCACCCGCGAGGUCCUUCGCAUGAAAGGCGAAGCCAUCACCACCGCGCGCAGCCCGCGCUCCGACAUGGAACUCGGGGGGUAUUUUAUCCCGAGGGGUAGGAAGCCUGCUAUCCAUAUUCUAUCCCGUCGCGGAUCGCUGCAUGGUCGACCCGCUAAAUACAAGAGUAAUCAAAUAGGCUGCCUCCUCCACCCCAUGGUCUACACCUCCAACCGAUCCUCCGAGCACGCCACCAACCCGCAUACCUUUGACGGUAUGCGCUGGGUCCAAAGCCGCAAGCUGGCGACGACUACCGGGCCAGGCCAUUUGUCGUUUGGUCUGGGUCGGUGGGCUUGUCCGGGGCGGUUUUUGGCUGUUUCCGGUGAGUUCCUUUCUUUUUCUUCAACUUGUUGAUCUUCGCUUUUGGUUUGAGUUCCAUUCCCUUUCUGCCAUGGGCAAUGGGUCUGAUGGUGGGUAUAACCUGCUACAGAGCGGUCUCACUAACUGGGCUAUACCCAGAAAUCAAACUCGUCAUCCUGACUCUUCUUGCGCAGGCCGAGCUAGAACUGGUCGAUGGGGAGUUUGAGUUGGCGGAGAAAUUGAAUAUCGUGGGGACGCCGCCAAGGGGGAGGAUCGUGAUGAGGAAGAGACUUGACUGAUUGAUGGGCUGCAUCUGUAGUGGUGAAUGAAUUAUUAUAUCUGGUUUAGUUUGACCUGGUUCUUUAAUUCUAAUCUGGUUUCGAGGGUAGCUAGCUGGUAAGGUCGGUCGAGGGGAGACAGUUGUUUGGAAAAAGGAUCUAUCUAAAUUGACA